AUGUACUUUUUAAACCAACUAAUAUUUCAAGACGUUUCCGUAAUGUCGGUGGAUAAAAGAGAAGAUAUGAGCAGAUCUUUCCAAAAAUGUUUAAACUUGAGAUACCCUAUCAUCCAGGCCCCUAUGGCGGGGGUCACGACUAUUGAAAUGGCCGCUAAGGCUUGUAUUGCGGGCGCCAUAGCUUCACUACCCCUAUCCCACUUAGACUUCAGAAAGGUCAAUGAUAUUGAAAAGCUUAAACUGAUGGUUUCACAAUUCAGAGAUCAAGUAGCCGAUGAAUCUUUAGAGGGCAAUCUCAACCUAAACUUUUUUUGCCAUGAUAUCGUUGAUAAACCGACCGAUCUUCAAACAGCUAACUGGGCGAAGCUAUACAGAAAGUCUAUGAAUGUGCCGAUUGAUAUGAAUGAGAUUAAAUUCGAUAAUGGUAAUGUAUCUUUUAAGGCAUUUGAAAAAGAAAAUGCUCUUCAAGAUUUUUUCCAGUACCUAUCAGAUGGCUUUAGGCCUAAAAUCAUUAGUUUCCAUUUUGGCCAUCCGUCGAAAUCUACAAUAGAAUAUUUACAAAAAAUUGGAAUUCUAAUUUUUGUGACUGCCACCUCUGUAAGAGAAGUUCGAUUGUUAGCACGUCUCGGCAUUAAUGGCAUAGUGUGUCAAGGCUAUGAAGCGGGAGGACAUAGAGGAAAUUUCUUAGUAAAUGACCCCAAAGAUGAUGAAAACUUAUCAACUGUACAAUUGGUGAAAAGAACAGUUGAUGAACUUGCUGAAAUGAAAAAUAAAGGUCUUAUACAUGCUACUCCCUUUGUCAUUGCAGCAGGUGGUAUAAUGGAUUCCAAAGAUAUAUCAUACAUGUUAUCACAGCAAGCAGACGCUGUUCAAGUGGGGACUGCUUUUCUUGGUUGCAGUGAAUCCAAUGCAUCAAAAAACUUUUCAAGCCCCUUCACUCGAGAAACAACAACUAAAAUGGUUAAUAUAAUAUCAGGAAAGCCUGCAAGGACCAUCUCUACUCCUUUUAUCGAAAAAGUCAUUGCUAAUUUUCAAGGUGAGGAGCUUCCUCCAUAUGGCUACAUGUAUAGUGCUUUCAAGCAAGUAAGAAAAAAGUAUCCAGAAUUGGCUAACUUUAUUUUAGCUGGACAAGGAUUUCAGAAUGUCCAAUCAGGAAUCACAACAGACAAGAAAAUUGAAACUAUGGGCGCAAGAUUGAAAAUUGACGGAAAAUAA